AGGGGUGGUUCAUCCUCAGAGAUGCUCAUAGCGCAAAGAGUAACAACACGAAUAGGGUGAGACUAGCGCUGGGAAGAGAACACACAAUAGCCUGCCAACCGUUGCCUCGCUGAAAAGAACAGCUGCGCUUGAAUUAUUAAACCGAAACAAACAGAUUAAAUCAUUUAAGUCACAUCAUCAAAAAAUCUGUCGCUAUUCGCUGUCAAGGAGAUAUACCUAGAGGACGGAUUGGUGGGUAGGGUAGGUUUAUAGAGUGCAAGUGCUGGAAUAAACCGAAGCGGGGACCGUUUCAGCACCUUGGACAGAGCACGCGAGCAAGCGGGAACAUGGCUCCGAUGGUAACGGAAGAAACGCAGUUCGUGGAGGUGCCAGUGAGUGUUGCAGUGGUGAGUGUGUUUGGCCUCGUCUCCUGCGUCUCCCUCUUCGCCUGGAUCUGCUGCCAGCGUAAAAACACCAAGCCACAGACGACACCACCCUACAAGUUCGUGCACAUGCUCAAAGGCGUCGACAUCUACCCCGAGAUUCUUAGCGCCAAGAAGAAGUUUGCUGCCACCGCCAAUGAAAGCAAGACCGACGUGAACGGAAACUGCAACGCCAACAGCAACAACGUUAAACAACAAAGACAACAGCAAGCGGCCUCCAGUCCAGCAGGGGGCAGAACGCCCCUUCACCUGGACCUGGAGAAACAACGUGACCUGAACGGCAACUUCACCUCCAGCACCAAACCUCCACACUCCAACCCCCAGACCCACGCCAAGGUCCGCAGCUCCCCAGAUCUGGACAUUCCCUCCCCCCACCCAGGGUUCACCCAGCCUGGGGUUCCCUCCCCCACAACCAUUACCACUGCCAAUAGCCUCUCCGGCCAGACCCCAAUCCCCACCCAGGGUGCCGCUGACCAAGACAAACCCCAGGACGGAGGCCCUGACGUGGGCCUCGGGACCCUUCACUUCUCCCUGGAAUACAACUCAGAGAAGAAGGCCUUCGUGGUUCACAUCAAGGAGGCUCACGGGCUGACCCCGACCGACGAGCAGUCCCUGACCUCUGACCCCUACAUUAAGCUGACCCUGCUGCCGGAGAAGAAGCACCGGGUCAAGACUCGCGUCCUGAGGAAGACUCUGGACCCGGCGUUUGACGAGACCUUCAGUUUCUACGGGAUCCCAUUGGUCCGUGUGCAGGAGCUGUCCCUCCACUUCAUGGUGCUCAGCUUCGAUAGGUUCUCCCGUGAUGAGGUCAUUGGCGAGACUCUCGUCCCAUUGGCCGAGAUCAACCUGGCGGAGGGGCGUGUCCUCAUGAGCCGUGAGAUCAUAAAGAGGAAUGUCAGGAGGGGUGCUGGUCGAGGGGAGUUGCUGUUGUCUCUGUGUUACCAGUCCACCACCAGUACUCUAACAGUGGUGGUGUUGAAGGCUCGCCACCUGCCCAAGACCGAUAACCACACAACCUCAGAGCCGUAUGUGAAAGUCAACCUGUUCCAAGGGAAGAAGCGUGUCAGUAAGAAGAAGAGCCAUGUAAAGAAGUGUUCCCCAAACCCUGUGUUCAACCAGCUGUUUGUGUUUGACGUGUCCUCCCAGGAGAGGCUGAGGGAGACCAGCGUGGAGCUCCUCCUAAUGGACUCUGAGUCUCCACCAACCAGGAGGGGGGACUCCACCCGCUCCCCCAACCCCGUCCUGGGGCGCCUGGUCCUGGGUAAUGCCGCCUCCGGCACCCCUGGAGAGCACUGGAGGGAGAUCUGCGACCAUCCGCGUCGGCAGAUCGCCAAGUGGCACGCCCUGUCCGAGGACUAGGGUUUUAGGGUUGUGAUGGCGUAAGGGCAUUGCCUAGAAACCAGGCGUUGCCUAGAAACCGGCAGGUUAACCAACCAACGGCCAAGGAACUGUUGCUAAGUGAAAGAGGGUAUGGGUUUGGGAGGGGGGGGGGGUCAUUCUAAGUGAUGUCAUUAAUCAGUCAGUCAUUCAGUCAAUUUAUCGAUCGUUGAAGUCAUUAGGGUUUGGUGACCGAGGAACCCGAUCGCUCGUCUACGAUUCCAAAACCCCCGGUAAUGAAAUUCUAUCUCCAUGGCAACAACAACCGAUCAUCACGGGCAACUGUGUGCAGUGCAGAACGCCCUAGUAACUGUCGCUAACGCUCUUCUUCUGCUAUUGUUACUAUAAAUAUUACUCCAAAAUAACUAAACCUGUUAAUAUUACUACCGCUGUAUAAAGACGUGAAUUUUCAACCCUUUAUUUUCUAAAGAUGCUAUCUAUUAUUUAUCAAAUGUUUUAUUUAUUUAUUUGUUGGUUUUUGUACUCUUCUGGUUGAGUUCCUGACUAUGUUUUGUAAGUAAAAGUGGUAUUUCAUAUCAUUGCAUCAGAGGGGCGAGAAAAUCCUAAAUGAGGUGACAAGAACGAAGCUUGGAAUGCAUUAAGGACAAUGUGCGUGUGCACGUGUGUGUGUGUGUGUGUGUGCGUUUAGGUCAGAGGGGAUGAGAGGCAGUGUGUAUUCUGUCUUCUUUACUGUGAGCACAAAGUCAGCAGGAAAUGUACCUUACUAUAAAACAUGUUCUGAGAAAACCGC